CUGUGCAGGACGGGAUGCGGUGUGGCAAGUCGCUCUCCUCGCGCGCAAGGCAUGGCGGGUAGCGGCGAGUGUGGCCUGCCGAGCGCGCGGUGCAUGGUGGGGUGUGGCUGGGACUCGUGGGGUGCUUGUGGCGGAACGAGGCGGCCCCGGAAGUAGGUUCUGGACCGGUCGCAGCUGCAGCAGAUAAAGGGGGGAGCUCUUUGGGCUGCCUUGUGUGUCAAGACCCAGUUGGAGCCAUGGGGGUACCUCCCCAAGGCGAGAAAGGAGCCAGAAGCAGAAAGAGGCCUCGGAAAGAGGGCUCACCUGUUUCAUCACCCCAGAAGAAAAGUUCGAAGGCAACCCAGGGGGAGUUGCUCCCCAGACUGGAGCCUGCAGAAGCCAAAUAUUUCCAAAAGGCCCAUGAGACCCUUAAAUCUGGGUUUGACUCUGAUGAGGAGAAAGGUCUGUUUGUCAACAACGUUCUGGAGGAAGCAGAGGCGGUUGCUGUGCCUCUGUCCCUGGACCCUGCUGGCUCUCUGCUCCUGCAGGCCCUGGUGCCGUCUGCCUCGCCAGCCAGCUUGUGCCACCUGCUGAAGGGCCUGAUCCCCUCCCUGCGCUUGGUGGCCUGCCACUCCUGCGGGGCCCACAUCCUGGAAGCUGCCGUGUUGAGAGCCCCAUUGUUGAUCAAGGAAGGAGCGGAGGAUUCUGGGACACUGGAGGACCUGGUUUUGGAACUGGCCAGAGCUGUGCAGGGGGAAUUAUCGGUCUUUGCUUUGGACUCCCACGGCAGCUUUGUGGUGCGGACUUUGUUGCAGGCGCUUGGAGGGGCUAGAGUUGGCUCAGAUGGGGGUCGAGGGCUCCAGGCAUUAGGGACUUCGCAUUCUAGAUCCAAGCAAGCCAAACCGGGAAGCGAGGGACCCGUGGACUUCGAGGUCCCAAACUCCUUCUUGUCCCUCUUGAAGGGAUUCGGCAGAAGUUUUCAGGAGCUGGUUUCUGAUUUCAUCACCCACAAACUCUUCAGUCUCUGCCUCCAGGUGGCGAUGGAGGUCUUGCGCAGGAAGUUGCCCAAAGCUUGUGCUCGGUUGUGCCACUCUGUGAUUGGCUACCUGAGCAAUUGCAACCCGGCUGCUGGGCAGAGUGCCCUCCUGGUGUUCCUGAAGGACGCAACGUGCAGCCGGGUGCUGGAUAAGGUGCUAGAAGUGUCGGCCCCGAAGGCCCUGCGCUCCUUCUACAAGGUUCACGUGAAAGGGCAGCUGCAGGCCCUGGCGACCCACCCGGUGGCCAACUUCACUCUGCAGCGGCUCAUCCAGGCAGCCCCCCCUAAGCUGCUGGGAAGACUGUUUGAAGAGCUGAGCCCCGGCCUGGAAGAGAUCCUGGCUCUUGAGCACCUGGGUGUGAUCACGGCGCUCCUGGGUGCCUGCCGAAGACACGGAGCUCACCAGCAGGAGGUGCUGGAGAUACUCCUGGAGGCUUUCCACUGCUGCGAGCCCCCUUCCCGCCAGCUGGUGUGCGCACCGCUCAUUGCCUCUCUGCUGGCUUACGAGGUCUAUUACGGCGAGGAGGAAGAGACGGCAUCACAGGAGCAGUCCGCUCCUGUCCGCCCUUUGAGCGCCGUCUCCUAUCACGGCUCCUUGAUCCUCCAGCACUGCUUGCAUUUUGCCGACCCCUCCGUCGUUCUACGCAGCUUGGCGGCCAUGACCCCUGAGGAUCUGGUCACGCUGGCUUGUGAUCCGACGGGCAGCCACGUCUUCGACGCCCUCCUGGCCAGCCCCUCCGUACCCGAGAAGCAGAGGCGCAAAGUUCUGCGCCCGCUUAAGGGUCACUACAUAUCUCUGGCCUGCAGCAGGCAUGGGAGCCGCGUGUUAGAUGCCAUCUGGAGCAGAGCCACACUGCCAGCCAAGCGGGAAAUGGCCCAGGAACUGGCGGAGCACGAGCAGAAGCUACGGAACGACCCUUUCGGCCACCACCUGGUCCGCAAUUUUGCCUUAACGCACUUCCUCAAACGCCGCCGAGACUGGGACCGACUCCAAGAGGCGGGGAAGAAGCGAAGGGAGCUUUUUGCCGACAUCUUGGAGGACUGACUCGGAAGGAAGAGGGUGGUGCCCUCUCGGCUGAAAGACUGUGGGGCUGGCGGAGGAGGGCUGGGCUCUUCGUGGGGGGGGGGGGGGGGGGGGGCGGACUCUAUGUGCUUGUGGUCCUUGCUGCUUCUCACCACAGGGAUGCUGGAUGACUGCCACCAGAGGGCGCCAGAGGCAGCCUUGGGUUCUCUUGUUUAAUACCUACUGGUAAUUGAUAUUGGUUUUUCUCUGCAGUUACUAAGAGAAUUAUUUCUUUACUUGUUUGACUGUGAGCGUCUGUUCAGUGUCAAUCUAUUAAAUGGGGGUGGAGCUUGUUUUGCUGAUCCUUGCACUGAGGAUGCAUUGCUGAGGCCUAACCCCGCCCCCGCCCGCUCCA